UUAGGUCUUGAGUAUAAACUUACCUAAAUUCUAAAAAUGGGAAGAAUUUUUCUGGAUCAUAUUGGUGGCACUCGCCUGUUCUCCUGUGCAAACUGCGACACCAUUCUGACCAAUCGUUCUGAGCUCAUCUCCACUCGUUUUACAGGGGCCACAGGAAGAGCCUUUCUUUUUAACAAGGUGGUAAAUCUACAAUACAGUGAAGUUCAGGACCGGGUCAUGCUCACUGGCCGCCACAUGGUUCGAGACGUGAGCUGCAAGAACUGCAACAGCAAACUGGGUUGGAUCUAUGAAUUUGCCACUGAAGACAGCCAGCGCUACAAGGAAGGCCGUGUUAUCCUGGAAAGAGCAUUGGUCCGAGAGAGCGAAGGAUUUGAGGAGCAUGUUCCAUCCGACAAUUCCUGAAGAGACUUGAGUCUCUUCUCAGGUUCUCUUCAAUUGAAACUCAAAAAUAAUAAAAUCAACAAAAAAUCUGCUUACAUACACUGUCACCUUAGCAUCAGAGUCGGAUUCGUGGACUACAGAGUGGGAAAGAUUGUGAGAGUAUUUCAGAUGGAACCUUCCUUUCUUUAUUCCUUUUAUAUUUUGCUUUCCCUCCAGGAGCUGUUUGUAGAAAGAAUGUUGUGCAGAUUCUGUAACUUUUUCUCUCUUGCGUUUACAUCUGUUAGAUUUGAAAUUGUAUCUACAGAUGCAAUGAGCUAAAAGGAAAAUAUUUGAGGGAUUUGUCUUUUGUUAGAGAGAAAUCAGCGAGGUGGGGUUUUUUUGUUUGCACAAACUGAUGUCAGCAUAAAGUUAUUUUAAAACUACAGAUGUUUUUUAAAAAGUAUAUUCAAUUUUUGGCUUAAGUUUUUAGUUAGGUUUUGGUGGGGGUUUUUGGGUGGUUUGUUUUUUGUUUUUUUUUUUAACCCGAUCUUUUCACCUGAUUUGCUAGCUAAUGUAAAGGGAUCCGAAUUUGUGCCGAGUGCUAAAGGUUCAGUGUUGGUACUGCUUGGGCUGGCCCUUUGCCAUAUUCUUGUUGAGGUUGAUUGGUAGCACAGAGCCCAUUAUUUCUUGUCGUUCUUAACCCAAAGAUGUCACCAUUCCUUGUUUAUUUGUGAAGUCCCAUUCACCAUGUAAACUGGUGUUGAUUGGAAGCUAUUCUUGAAAUAGGGCAAAACUGCUUGGCUUUUUUUAAUUUUAACUGAUGUAACUUAUAAGCAUAGUAGUAAUAUAAAAUAAUAGUUGUCUGUUUAGUCUUGCGUUGCUUACAGAUCAGAAGCUGUGUUUGUAAUGAUAGGGAUCCACUGAGAAACUACUGUUUCAGUAGUAAUUUUUUUUCAUUUCCUACUAAUCUCAUUAAGCAGACAGGCAAUUGCAAAUCUUAAUUCUUCAAGUAGCUUUCUUUAAACCCACAACUUCCUAUGUUAAACACAGCUGCUGUGUAAAAAAAGAAGAUUGCCAGCAUGUUUGUUCAUGCCUCGAGUUAUGCAAUCUGCAUCUCUUGAAAAGAUUAACUUAAACAGCUUGUUUUCAAAUGCUGCUUCUGGUGUUGAAACCUUUAGCUUUCAAGUUUGUUGAACCUUUUCAUUGUGAAGUUACAUUUUUAUCUUUCUGGG